AUGAGAGACCACAAGUUGCGGCACUCUGCGAAAAAAUUUUUUUGCGAUGAAUGCGGCUCCUACUUCUACACGGCCCCGCAGCUCAAAAUGCAUGUUCGCGUCAAACACAACGGGGAGAAGCCUUUCCUCUGCAAAUACUGCGGCAUGGCGUUCAACAAUAGUCCUAGUCGCUGCCGGCAUGAGCGGAGAUACCAUUCAACCGACUUGCCAUUCGUUUGCGCCGAUUGUGGCAAGAGAUUCAUCAGCAAAGUGGGGCUGGCAAAGCAUGCAGAGCUACACAAAGGCGGGGGAACGGGCAAAUUCUACUGCGAAACUUGCGACAAGGAGUUCAAGGAGGCCAUAUUCCUGCGCGGGCAUUAUUUGACCAAGUACCAUCGGACUAGGGAAAACAGACUUCAAAAUCAAAAUGAAGAUGAAGAUGCCUACGAGUACGAAGAAAUAGAGGAAGAGGUAGACGACGACAUUGAUUUUGAUUUCACUGAUUCUCUUAUUGAUGAUGAUGAAUAAAAUAAAAUAUUGUCUUAUUUUUAUUGAUGCACUUUUUGCAUGGAUAACAUUAGACCAUUGAAACACACACGAA